AUGAGCUCAUUCGACGACGUGGAUCUUAUUGUGCAAUGGAUCCGCGAUCGAAUCACACUGCCCGGAUAUAAGCCAAAAGCCUGGGCCUCUGCCGACCUAGCGACGGUCAAGCAGUUUGCAGAGAAUAAGGGCAUACCGGCGCUGUUUCUGGCUAUGUAUAACGACUCGCUCACAGUCACAACGACAGCUCCGCGCGGAUAUGAUAGCGUGAUGUAUUAUGUCAAAAAUGGGCAGACGAUCUUGACUCCUGCCAACAUAAAGAACGUUCUGCAAUUUGGGACGGUCGAAAAGGACGUUAUCGCAUCUUUACUGCAUCGAAUGGACGGCUACUAUCUUCAGAGACUGCAGGAUAAUUGGUCGUGGCCUGAAAGUGUGCAAAAAGAGUUUACAAGCCAUUUUUUUCGCUUUAUGUCCAGUUUAACCGAGACGGUCAAUCGUGGUUGUGGCAAAACUGUGCUGUAUUUGCCGCCGGUGAACCUGAAGCAGAUUAAUCAUAGAGACAAAGACUUUGUGCAGCAAUUAGAGUCUAUAGUAAUUCACUGGACGCGGCAGAUAAAAGAGGUCAUCAACAAUCAGGACAAUGUUCAUGAGAACGAGGGUGCGGGCCCACUAGAGGAGAUUAAAUUCUGGGAGCAUCGAACAGAGGAUCUCUCAGGAAUCACUGAUCAAUUAAAUCGCGACGGAAUGAUCGAAAUUUUAGAGAUUUUACGAGCCGCUAAGUCGUCGUACUUACAACCCUUUGAGACGCUCUCCCAAAUCAUUAAGCAAGGCUCAACUGAGGCAAAUGACAAUCUUCGUUUCUUGCGAAAGCUUGUCCCUGUCUGUGAAGAAAUUGCAAGUGCGCAACCUCACGAGAUUCCUUUAUUGCUGCCGAAGCUGCUGAACUUCAUUCGCCUCAUUUGGAUGUACUCAAGCCACUACAAUACGGAUGACCGGAUUACAAGUUUGUUACGCAAAGUGAGCAACGAGAUCAUCAAUGUUUGCUGCAAGAAAAUUUCGGUGUCGGACAUAUUAGAUGGUAAUGUUGAGGCCUGUAUACACUAUCUUGACAAGAGCAUUCAGUGUGGGGUAUCUUGGAAACAAGUUUAUCGCAAAACGUCCGAGGCUGUAAACAGGACUGCUUCAAACUCUGACCGUCAAUGGAACUUUGAUGAAACGGGGAUUUUUGCGCAGAUUGACGCAUUUGUACAGCGUUGCCGUGAAUUACUGGAAGUAUGCGAAGGUCAGGUUCAGUUUGGACGCAAGAUUAGCGGAGGUGCACAAGAAGCUCUUCCUGCAUUUGGAGGGACUCGUAGUAUGGACAUUGUGAGAAGUCUAAAUGGCAUUGAAGCACAGUUUGAAAGGCACAUUGAUCGGCUUCGCCUGCUGAACUAUAAUGUUUUGGACGUCAAAAACACUAGCUGGCACAGCGAUUUCAAUUUUUUUAAGAACGGAAUGAAAGAUCUUGAGGCAAUGACCCAAAAUGUGAUUAUUGGAGCAUUCGAAAGCAUAUCUACAGUUGCUGCUGGAGUAGAUAUGAUUCAGUCAUUUAAAAGAAUUGCUAAGCGCGAGGCAAUCAAACGGUGCAUCGAAAAGCGCAUGAUCGAUAUCAUUGAUAUGUUUAAGACAAAUAUUCUGUCAAUUCGUAAUUUUUUUGAAAAAAACAAGCAGGUGCCCCAACUGUCACCUACAGAGCCUCAGUUUUCUGGUGCAGCAUUAUGGGCACGAAGCUUACUAUUGCGUGUGACUGACGACCUUAUGCGAUUGCAAGAAUUAGCUGACCCUUGUAAUACAGCUGAGUGUGAUGAAGCUCAGAGCGCCUACGAUGGAUUGCGACUGGUUGUCAACGAAUACAUUCAGCGCAAGUAUCACGAUUGGAUUGAAAGUUUGAAUGCAAUAGGAAACACAAAUGCACGAUUGGAAAUCCCUUUAAUGACAAAAGCUGGAUCUGAUGCUACCGUUGUGCCUCCCAUCGUGAAUCUUAAGUCUCACAAUAAGGAUAUCAAAAUGCCUCAUGAUACAGAAAAUACACUGAUUGGACGAGAGAAAAAAGGACUGCUUCAAUGCAACUUUGACCGUUUUUUGCUCAACUUGUUUGCGGAGGCUCAGUAUUGGCAGUACUUUAAUGGCGAAGUUCAGAUCCCCUACAUGGCACAUGACAUCUGUAACCAGAAAGAACAGCUGCGCGUGCUCCGCGAACAUGUGAUGCUAGUAGUCCGAGACUAUAAUCGCAUCUUGCUGGAUCUUUCGUCCACUGAACGAAGAUUGUUCCAAGACAUUAUCCGCAAACUUGACCGCCGGAUCCAACCUGGGCUACAGAAGCUCACAUGGGUCUCCAGAGGAGUUGUUGAGUGGUUUGUUGCAGACUGCCGUAAACACUGUGAAAGCACAUACAAGAUUGUCCAAGAUUUUCAGGAAAACAAGAAUGUUGUGAUAGAAAACUGCAGAAUGAUUAGCGGCUUUAUUCAUAUCUUCAUCGAGCGUAACACUAUUUAUGAUGAUGGUGUAUUCGAAGCAAAGCAGAUUUUACAUCGAGAGGAAACCAAGAAGCAAUUACGUGAAGCAUAUCAAAGAAUUAGCUCUACGAUGACAGCAACGUAUGAACAUUUCGCCUCUGGUCCUCCUGAAGUGCGACGGGAGUGGAAUCGAUUUGCGGAACGUUCGGAUAAAAUGCUAGAAGACGCGCUUCGGCAGUCCGUGAAGAAAUCACUUCAGGAGCUGUCGAAAGCAAUAAAUGGUGAUGCCAAAACUGAUCCAAGACCUUUGUUCCGAAUUCAUGUCGUGCUUGAAGACAACAAGGUGGAAUUUAGGCCGUUCAUGGCUGAUCUCACUCAAAUGGUAAACAUGGUGGCGAAGGAAAUGUUUAACGUGAUUUCUGUUGUGCCCCGCUUGGUAACUUCGCUCCCGCAACAGCAAAGUGACAGCACUAAUACUAAUGCGGAAGUUCUUAGUGGUUCAUGUGCUUCUGCGGACGAAAACCACCCUGCUGCUGUGAAAAGUGAUGGCGAGGUCUGCGCGAUGACCAACGUUGGUGAAGAAUUUACCAGUAACAAGGACAAGGCUUACUCGAGAGUUUAUUAUCCAACAAAGCUGAGCGUCUCUACGGAUGGAAAUAACUUUCAUCAGUCCAUUUUUAAUGACGAGGAGAUUCUUAAAGUUCUUGUGCAUAUUAUGAAUGGUAUGUCGUCCAGUGCCACCGAAUUACAGAAGUACUUAGGGUAUUGGGAUAAGUACAAACUGAUUUGGAAUCAAGACAAACAAGCUUUUAUUCGUCGAUAUGCAAAAGCAAACCGACCAUUGCAGCAAUUCCGAGCAGACAUCGAGCGUUACCGUGAGCAGCAGAUAGGAAUCCAAAACGAGGAUCUGACGAACACCAUCAAUUUCAUUCAAAUAGAUACGAACUUUCUUAAGGCUAGUUUAGUUGAGCAUACGGUACAGUGGAUUGGUAAGUUAACGGGUCUGCUAAAUCAGACAGCCCGCGGCGAGUUGAAAGAGAUCAUGAAUAUGAUGAAGGAUAACACGCAAAAGUUACAGAGCAAGCCCGUAGAUAUGGAUCAUCUGAGCCAAAGCCUUCAUCUUUUACAAUACGUCAAGGAAAGUAUGCCUGGGAUUGUGUCUCGAUUUGAGCCAUUACAGCACAAGUAUGAUCUGCUGGCUGAAUUUGAUGUCCAGGUAACCGAAGAAGAGCAACGAGACUUAAAUAAUUUGAAAUCCAACUGGGAGGCAUAUGAGGCGAUAUUGCUGGAUGCGACAACAAUGCUGCAUAAAUGCAAAGUUAGCAUGAAGCAAAGUGUGCAGGAUUCCGUGGCUGACUUAAAUAGCAUCAUGACCGACUUACGCGCUGAAGCCGAAGCAACCCUUCCUUAUUCUGGUGAGCAGCAAACGAAAAGAGCACAUCAGAUCCUUGCUGACUUUCAAAAGAAAAUGGAGUCGGCACGCUCUCGCCAAGAUACGCUAAGAAAAGGGCUAAAGAUUUUCAAUAUUGAAGAAUUCAAAAACGACGGGUUUGUUCAGACAGAAAAGGACCUUGAGCUUUUACAGCAGAUCUGGACUCUAACUGACGAAUGGGAGGUCGUAUGGGCUUCAUGGAAAAAUACAGUGUUUUACAAUAUUGAAGUCGAUACGAUGGAGUCAACGGCUGCCCAAUUUUAUAAAAAGGUACUUAAAUAUCGCAAAGAGAUGACGGACUGGCACGUUUGGAGCUCUUUAAAAAAUAACAUUGAGCAAUUUCGGCAUACUCUGCCUUUGAUCCAAGAUUUAAAAAGCCCUGCACUUCGAGCACGUCAUUGGGCUCAGCUGAAGGAUGAAAUGGGAAAGACGUUCGAUACGGAGUCUGCUAGUUUUACCUUGGAGCGCGUAUUUUCUCUCAAAUUUCAUGUGUAUGCGGACUUCAUUAGCACGCUGUCGAGUAUUGCGGGCAAAGAGCUAUCUAUUGAGCAAAAUUUAGACGCGAUCGAGAGGCGUUGGGCUGCAAUUGACGUCGACAUCACAGACUACAAGGGAACAUAUCAUAAAAUUCGAUCGGCAGAUGACUUAUUUACAGCACUUGAAGAUGACCAAGUGCAAUUAUCGGCGAUGAAGGCCUCACCAUUUUUUGAGUCUUUUGGUACGCAAAUAAGGUACUGGGAAAAGACUCUUUCGCACCUGUCCGACGUCAUUGAAACAUUACUUAGUGUGCAGCGAUCUUGGAUGUAUUUGGAGAGCAUAUUCAUGGCAUCUGAGGAUAUUCGAAAGCAGUUGCCACUGGAAAGUCUUCUCUUCGACGAGGUUAAUAGUGCUUAUUGUCGAGUGACAGAUGAAAUAGCAAAGGUGAAAAAUGCAUUGAAAGCUACGCAGGAACCGGGUGUUUUAGAGACUAUGGUUGCUAUGCAGGAGAAAUUAGAUCGGAUUCAAAAGUGUUUGAACCAGUAUUUGGAGACAAAAAGGAUACUGUUCCCUCGCUUUUAUUUUUUGUCAAAUGACGAUCUGCUUGAAAUUUUAGGCCAUCAAAAAGACCCAGACCAAGUGCAAAAGCAUAUUAAGAAAUGCUUCGAGGCCAUCAAAACUCUCAGCUUAAUCCCUCCUGGAACGCGUGGAAAUCAAUCCUUUGAGGCUUCAGGAAUGAUCUCACCAUGCGGCGAGCAGGUGAUGUUUGCGUCGAAUGUUGUGAUCGCUGGUGCUGUUGAAACCUGGCUACUGCGAGUUGAGGCUGCCAUGGUCACCACGCUGGAAAAGAUUUUUGCACAAUGUUUUACUGGUUAUAAGGGCAAGAAGGAAAAGUGGAUAAAAGACUUUCCAGGUCAGCUUUUGAUCACAUGUGGUCAAACAGUCUGGACUAAUGAGUGCAUCAAAGCACUGAACGAGGUGGCUUCAGGAGAAAGGAAGGCACUUAAGCAAUUGAAAAAGAAAUGGAUCUCUUACCUAAACAAGCUCGCUGACAUGGUGCGUGGCCAGCUCUCAGCAACUGAACGCCGUAAAGUCGUUGCUGUGAUCACAACUGAGAUCCAUUCGCGAGAUGUCAUUGAUCGCUUGAUCAAGCAGAUUUGCGAAAGUGUGAAUGACUUUGACUGGCUGAUGCAACUCCGCUUCUACUUUAACAAGGAUCUAGGUGAUUCGGGUAUUUGUGAGGUGAAGCAGACGGUUACUUCAUUGCAGUACUCGUACGAAUAUCAGGGCAAUAAUGGGCGCCUUGUCAUUACUCCGCUAACUGAUCGGUGUGUUCUCACCAUGACUACUGCAUUACAUUUGAACCGAGGAGGCAACCCGCUCGGCCCAGCCGGGACAGGAAAAACAGAGACAGUUAAAGAUUUAGGCAAGAAUUUGGCGAAUGAUGGUCUCGAUUACAAGUCUGUCGGACGUAUGUUUGCUGGCCUGGUUCAGUCCGGUGGCUGGGGUUGCUUCGACGAAUUCAACCGUAUUGAAGUUGAAGUACUCUCUGUAGUCGCUCAGCAAGUUCUGACUAUCAUGCAAGCCCUGGCUGCCAAGAAUACACAAGUCAUGUUUCUUGGUUCCAUGAUGCGAGUCAAUUCUAAUAUGGGAAUUUUUAUCACCAUGAACCCGGGGUACGCAGGGAGAUCUGAGCUCCCGGACAAUCUUAAAGCUCUGAUGCGACCAUGUGCCAUGAUGGUGCCAGAUCUUGCACUGAUUGCUGAAGUGAUGCUCCAAGCUGAAGGCUUUCGUGAUGCAAAGAUUUUGGCGAAGAAAACUACUACAUUGUAUGGACUCAUGAAUCAGCAAUUAAGCAAGCAGGAUCAUUAUGACUUUGGUUUGCGUAGCUUAAAAGCUGUCUUAAAUAUGGCAGGCACGUUAAAGCGCGAAGACCCGAAUUUGCAAGAAGAAAACAUUUUAUUUCGUGCCCUUCGUGAUAUGAAUUUGCCUAAAUUUGUGUCGGAGGACUCCGUGCUUUUUGAAUUGUUAUUGGGAGAUUUGUUUCCUUCGAUUGAAAUCCCCGUGACAGAUUACGGCAGAUUGCAAGGUUAUAUCGAACAUGCUCUGGUAGAGCACAAUUUACAAGUUCACUCUGCAAUCGUGUUCAAGACGAUCCAAUUGUACGAAUCUCAGGUGACUCGCCAUUGUAACAUGAUUGUUGGUCAGACUAUGGCAGGAAAGUCGACGAUCUGGAAGACUCUUAUGGCUGCCAAAACUUUGCUAGCAACCGAAGGGGUCAUUGGAUACUUGCCUGUCCGUGUUCACGUGCUGAAUCCCAAGUCCAUAUCUUUGAACGAAAUCUACGGCGUGUACGAUCUAUCAACGUUUGAGUGGAUUGAUGGCAUUUUAUCCGCCAUUUUUAGAAACUUGGCAGCAGAUGAUAAAGCUGAAGAGAAAUGGAUCAUGCUGGAUGGACCUGUUGAUACACUUUGGAUCGAGAGUAUGAAUAGUGUUAUGGAUGAUAAUAAAGUUCUUACUUUGAUUAAUGGAAACCGAAUCAGUAUGAGCCCAUCAAUGGCACUUAUGUUCGAAGUCCAGAAUCUUGCGGUGGCUUCCCCCGCAACAGUAAGUCGUGCUGGCAUGAUUUACAUGGAUGUUGAAAACCUCGGUUGGCGCCCUAUAAUCCAAACCUGGCUGGCCACAACGAUCAAACAUCAAGAAGAGAAGGUUCUGCUUCAAGCAUUACUUGAUAAGUACUUGGAAAAAGUGCUGCGCUUUAAAGCCUCGGAGGUCACAGAACUAAUAUCAGUUACAACCUUGAAUAGUGUGAUGUCCUUUUGUAACCUGUACAGAGCCCUCGUUACUGCUGAAAAUGGUUUGACUCCAGCCGCAUGUGGAGACAAAUUUGCACUCACAAUUGAAAAGUAUUUCCUCUUUUGUUUGACUUGGAGUGUUUUGGCCUCUGCAAAUGAAGAAGGGCGCAAAAAAUUCGAUAUCUGCUUGCGCGAUAUAGACUCAAUUUACCCUCCUGUCAAGACAGUGUACGACUUCUUCGUUGAGCCAUCAAGUCGAGAGUUUAAGCUUUGGGAUGAAAAGCUACCGCAAAACUUUAAGAUCGCACCAAACACACCUUUUCACAACAUAAUCAUACCUACGAUCGAUACAUUAAGAUAUGGGUUUCUCCUUCAAACGAUGCUCGCAGCAGGGAUCAACACUUUGCUAGUCGGCGAAACUGGUGUAGGAAAGACCACUGUAAUCAACAGAGAAAUCGAGGCACUUUGUGAUGAGUUUAAUGUGCUUGUGAUGAAAUUUUCGUCCGCUACAUCGUCCGCAACGACGCAGGAUAUCAUUGAAAGCGUAAUGGAAAAGCGUUCCAUGAAUCGAUUCGGACCCGUGGGGGGCAAAAAACUCAUAACGUUUAUUGAUGACAUGAAUAUGCCGACGAAGGACUUGUUUGGAUCUCAGCCACCUCUUGAAUUGCUUCGACAGUGGAUCGAUUAUAGCUGUUGGUACGACCGCAAAAAACAAACAAUAAGGUAUUUUCAUGAUAUGCAGCUUGUCACUGCCAUGGGUCCUCCAGGCGGUGGCCGGUCUGUUAUCUGCUCGCGUUUUCAGAGUCGAUUCAAUCUCAUCAAUGUAACAAUUCCUGAACAAGCGCAGCUCAAGCGUAUCUUCGAGACCAUGCUCGUGCCUAAACUCGCCGAGUUUGACAACGAAAUCAAGCUGCUUGGCGGACCCCUCGUCGCUGCAACCAUUCAGCUUUACCAGAAUGUAGUGGAAGCAUUCUUACCUACACCAGCAAAUUGUCACUACUUAUUUAACCUGCGCGAUAUAGCCCGAGUAAUUCAGGGUUUACUUCUGUCAGAAAAGUACUCGAUAACAAGCCGCGACGGCAUGCUGCGACUUUGGCUGCACGAAAACCUCCGAGUAUUCUCUGACCGUCUUACUAGUGUUAAUGAUCGUCAGUCUUUUAAAAUGACGAUCAAUGACCUUCUCGGGCUACAUUUUCAGACAGACUGGGGUCGUUUGCUCGCUGUAGCACCAGACCAAGUGAAGGACAGCGGACCUUUGUUUUCGUACAUUUCCGCCACAUUAGGCGCUGUAGAAGCCAGUGCACAAUACACGGAGGUCAUGGAUAUGAAGCUGCUUAAAAAGUUUGUAGAAGAGCAAUUGGAAAAUUACAACGCCGAACCAGGAUUCAUUCCCAUGAAUCUUGUUCUGUUUAGCGAUGCACUUUUGCAUAUCCUACGCAUUCAUCGCCAGCUCAUGACGAUGCGUGGCAGUCUCCUUCUUGUUGGUGUCGGUGGCAGUGGUCGACAAUCGCUGACAAAGCUUGCAGCUUUUAUGGGUGGCCUUAAAGUUUUCCAGAUCGAAGUGGGCAAAAAUUAUCGCAGCUUUGAGUUUCAUGAGGAUAUAAAAAAAUUAUACACUCAAGUUGGCUUGCAGCAACAAAAAACGGUAUUUUUUUUCAGUGACACACAGAUCAAAAAUGAAUCAUUCAUCGAGGAUCUGAACAAUAUCUUGAGCAGUGGGGAAAUACCAGGACUAUUUGAAAAGGACGAGCAAGCCGGUAUUGUGGACGGUGUCCGGCUACGAGCACGAGCUCAGGGUGUACGCGAGACAAAAGAUUCGAUCUGGAAUUUCUUUAUCAACGAGGUUCGUCGUGAUCUACACGUUGUAUUAGCCUUGAGUCCCAUUGGUACUGGCUUUCGCAGUCGAUGCCGACAAUUUCCAUCCCUCGUCAACAACACCAGCAUUGAUUGGUUUGAUGAGUGGCCUCUAGAUGCGCUACAGGAAGUAGGAAUGAAGUUUCUUGAAGAAAAAAGUACCGGUACAGAAGUCCAGCGCCCCAAAAUCGCUGCUGUGUUUGCUGUGGUGCAUAGUAGUGUAAUGCUGGCAUCAUCACAAAUGAAAAUUCGUAUGAAGCGACACAAUUAUGUGACGCCUACCAACUAUCUAUCUCUUGUCACGGGAUAUGUAGAGCUGCUUUCAGAAAAGGCAGCAACUAUCCGCGAUACACGCGAUAAACUGAAAAAUGGCCUCGCGAAGCUCGAGGAAUCUCGAUUGCAAGUUGAAGAAAUGUCCAAACAGUUAGAGCAACGUAAAGUUGUAGUUGCCCAGAAGAAUAAAGACUGCAGUAAUUUGCUGGUAGUCAUCGUGUCUGAGCGUCGUGUUGCUGACGAACAGAAGAAACAGGUAGAAUCUGACAGUGAGCGUAUUUCGAAGGAAGAAGCUGAGACAAAAAAGAUUGCUGACGAUGCUGAAAAGGACUUAAAUGAGGCACUUCCUGCCUUACAACAUGCAAUGAUGGAGGUGGAAAAUCUGGACAAAAAGGCGAUUGCAGAGGUAAAGGUGUACACUCAACCCCCCGAAGCAGUGUCAAUGGUCAUGUGUGCAGUUAUGAUUCUUUUUGGCUUACCGCCUACUUGGGCGUCUGCGAAAACCAAGAUGAACGAUGUGAGCUUCUUACAGCAAAUCAAGACAUUCGACAAGGACUCGAUUCGCGACAAAACAGUGACAGCUUUGAAAAAAUACACGACGAAGCCAGCUUUUAAUUCCGAUGCAGUGCGAAAAGUAUCGUCAGCUGCUGGAGCACUCUGCUCGUGGGUUUUGGCGAUGGAAUGCUAUGCUGGGGUCUUUCGUGUUGUUGCUCCAAAGAAAGAUGUGCUGCGCAGAUCACAGCAGGCACUAGCUGUCAAACAGAAGGAUCUUCAAGCCGCAAAAGAGUCGCUCCAGGAGGUCAUAGAAAAAGUCGAGACGUUAAAGAAACAGUAUGAUACUAGCGUAUCAGAGAAAAAUGCAUUGCGUGAAGAGGCUGAGCUGUUGGAGUUGAAGCUCUCGCGCGCUGAGCAGCUGGUAAAGGGACUGGCUGGAGAACGCGAACGAUGGGUGAGCUCGAUCGCCGAAAAGGAUGCCAGUCUUUCUAAUGUAAUUGGAGAUGCACUCGUCGCCGCAGCUUUCAUAUCAUACGCAGGGCCAUUCGACACGCUCUAUCGUGUUUCACUUGUUGACACAUGGAUGAAUCGUGUAACCCAACAAGCUCUACCACUGUCUUCUAAAUUUACGUUUAUUGACUUUUUAGCUGAUCCAAUAGAUGUGCGUAACUGGAAUGUGCACGGCCUUCCUAAUGAUUCACUUUCUACUGAAAAUGGUGUUAUCACAAUGCGAAGCAAGCGAUGGCCUCUGAUGAUUGAUCCUCAAGGACAGGCUAAUAAGUGGAUCAAAUCAUUGGAGGGAUCGCAGCUUUUGGUCGUGAAUCCCAUGAUGAAAGAUUUACUAAGAAAGCUAGGAAAUGGCAUUAGUUUUGGCUUGCCUGUUCUAAUGCAGGACAUUUUGGAGGAGCUAGAUCCUAGCCUUGAGCCUAUUCUAAAGAAGAGUAUCGUGAACGUCGGUAAUCGCGAGGUACUUCGAUUAGGCGACAAGGAGCUAGAUUACAACCGCGAAUUUCGUUUUUUUUUGACAACUAAGCUUCCAAAUCCUCACUAUACGCCCGAAAUAUCGACGAAGACAACGAUCGUAAAUUAUGUGGUAAAGGAGCAGGGACUCGAGGCUCAAUUGCUUGGCAUUGCCAUCCAGCUAGAAGAGCCAGCACUCGAAGCGCAAAAAUCCGAUCUCGUCACGUGUGUGGCCGCAGCCAAAAAGAAGCUCAUUGAUCUUGAAAAUGAAAUCUUACGUCUUCUAUCGGCUGCCAAAGGCUCGCUACUGGACGAUGAACAGCUUGUGACAACGUUGAAUGCAUCGAAGGCAACAUCUGAGGAGGUAUUUUUGCAGCUAAAGGUAAGUGAAGAGACUGAGAAAAAGAUUGAUGCUGCUCGAAUGGGAUACGUACGUGUAGCACGACGCUCAUCCACAUUGUAUUUUGUGCUGAAUGACAUGACAAGUGUCGACCCAAUGUAUCAAUUUUCACUUGACGCAUAUGUCGCUCUUUUUCAAAGCUCCAUUGUCAAAAGUCGAAAUUUGAAAAACCAAGGUGCACUAAGCGAAGAACUUACCGAACGGAUAAAUGCCAUUAACGAACACCAUACUUAUGCCGUGUAUGCCUACGCCUGUCGCGGACUCUUCGAGCGCCACAAACUACUCUUUUCAAUGCAAAUGUGUGCUCGGGUUCUUCAGAGCCUUAACAAACUUCCUCGCGAUGAAUAUGAUUUCUUGCUUAAAGGCAGUAAUCCGCUCACGCAAGCAGAGAAAUGUCCAAAUAUUGCAACUGAGUUUUUAUCCGAUAGUGCAUGGGCGAGAAUUGUAGAGCUGAACAAGUUGUCAGCAUUUCAAGGAAUCACCAGCUCUAUUGAACAAUCACUCAAAGGGUGGAAGUCUUGGUAUCAGAGUAGUGCCCCCGAAAUCGAGGUUUUGCCUGGAGAUUGGGAAGGUAAAUGUACUGAGCUACAAAGGUUGCUGCUGCUGCGUUGCGUUAGACCAGAUCGACUCGGUAUUCAGGCUGCUAGAUUCGCGGCGAUGCACCUCGGAGCUCGAUUUGUGGACCCACCACCAUUUGACCUCAAGGCAAUUUACGAGACUUCCAGCUACAAGACGCCACUCAUCUUUGUUUUAUCGCCUGGUGUAGAUCCCACCAAUUCGCUACUUGCUCUAGCUGAAUCGUUGCAUAAAACAGUCGAGAAUUGUGCACUUGGUCAAGGUCAGGCAAGCGUGGCGGAGGCCAUGCUAGCCCGUGGUCUAGAAUCUGGAAACUGGAUUUUUCUCGCUAACUGUCACUUGAUGCUAAGCUGGACAACAAUAUUAGACGAUCUCAUUGAAAAGUUUUGUUCCGCAGCUUCCGCUCCUACAGGUCCCAUCAAUCCACACUUUCGGUUGUGGCUAUCCAGUAACCCUACAUCCAAAUUCCCUAUUGCAAUUUUGCAGCGUAGCAUCAAGAUGACGACCGAACCACCACGUGGCUUGAAAGCCAACUUAAUCCGAUUGUACAAUACAAUCACGCCAGAAAAAUUUGCGCGAUGUCAAAAAGUGAAAAAGUACAAGCGCUUACUUUUCUGCUUGUGUUGGUUUCACUCGCUGCUACUCGAGCGACGCAAGUUCAAUAAUUUGGGUUGGAAUAUUCCAUAUGAUUUUAAUGAGUCUGACUUUGCCAUCAGUGAGGACGUACUCGCAAUUUAUCUGGACGAAUACGAAGAUACGCCAUGGGAUGCACUAAAAUAUCUCAUUGCUCAGGCAAACUAUGGCGGACGAGUGACAGAUGACUGGGACCGUCGCCUCAUGCUCGUGUAUAUUUCCCAAUUCUUCUCAGAAAAUGUACUCACUGUCGACAAGAUCCCCCUGUCUGAAUCCGAUCAUUAUUUUGUGCCAGAUGACGGCGAAUUGUCCUCUUAUAAGAAUUAUAUUCUUCAAUUGCCACUAAAUGAUCCCCCCGUAGCUUUUGGGCAACACCCGAACGCUGAGAUUGCGUCUCAGAUCGACGAUGGACGAGAAUUGCUCGCAACGAUUUUAUCACUGCAGGCACAAGACUUCGCUGAGGGAGGCAGUGACAACGAUGACACGGUAUUGGGAAUUUUACAAACGCUACGAGAAAACCUUCCUCAUCACUUUGAUCUUGCAAACAUCAAGGCGAAUUUAGCCCCACGUAGUGACCCGGAUGCACUCAAAACAAUUCUUGUGCAGGAGCUUGACCGCUACAAUAAGUUACUGUAUGUAAUUAAUAUGUCAGCAUGUGCGCUGGAGAAAGGCAUCCAAGGCUCCGUCGUCAUAACCCCGGAACUUGAAGCUGUGUACAAUGCACUGCUCAACGGUACAUUGCCUCAAGCCUGGAGUUUUUGCUACCCUUCACUCAAGCCAUUAGGUCCGUGGACUCAAGACCUCAAACUCCGCUGUGAACAAAUGGAUAGAUGGGCCAAUCAAGCUCAGCCAACUGUAUUUUGGCUUGCAGGAUUGACUUAUCCAACUGGUUUCCUCACUGCACUUUUGCAAACAGCAGCUCGAAAAAACGGAUUGGCAAUUGACUCAUUGAAUUGGGAGUUUAUUAUUCUGAAUCAGAGCGAAAACGUUUUGAAUACAGGCCCCAAAGAUGGCGCGUAUAUCAAAGGACUGAUCCUCGAGGGUGCGCGCUGGGACUUCGACCACGAUUGUCUCACAGAACCACACCCAAUGCAGCUGCACUGUGAAAUGCCUAUUUUACAUUUUCGUCCUGUGGAGGCCAAAAAGAAGUUUGCCAAGGGGAUGUAUACCUGUCCACUUUACAUGUAUCCGUUGCGAACGGGAACGCGUGAACGUCCUUCAUUUAUAAUUGCCGUUGAUCUCAAGGUAGGACCCGGCAAGACUCCAGAAUUCUGGACCCGACGGGGUACAGCAUUAUUGCUCUCUCUAAGCACGUAA